AUGACGCUAUCGGAUGUCUCCUUCAAGGCCACCUUUGGCGCGGUAGAGCAUUCGCCCUCUUUCGACCAGCCACCCUAUGCUAGCGGUGUGCUUGGUCUAGGCGCGGGCACGCAUCAGAACUACGGGACGUUCAUGGACCAAGCGUUUGCAGCAAAAGCUGUCACCGACAACAUCGUCACGCUCAAUCUGGGCAGCCCGAGCAUCACCUUCGGCGCACUCAACACUGCUUUUCUCGUCGGAACGCUCGUUCCCGAGAUGCUCAAUUGCACGCUGCAGGUCGGCAUGACGGAAUUCGUCUUGACGGGAGAGCAGCAGGUCUUCACGAGCGAACAGUCGCCAGGCACGCGAUUCGCUUUCGUCACUCCAUGCCCCUCAAGUGAUCAUAUGGGGUGCAGCGUUUCUGCAAAAAUUCAUCAUCGUGCUCGACAAAGAUCGUUUGCCGCGUCGCCACGAUUGAGCGAGGCGAGAAGACGUGAAUCUGAUAUUGAGGGAGCGGCGAUGGUGACCAUCUUUUGA